UUCAAUCGCUGAUGCGAUCUGGGAUCAUGGCGUUGUGAUGGCUGUCCACCAAUAAAAAUUGUAUCGAUACAUUACAACUACACAGGAUGAUUAAUGCUCUAAAGAAGAAGCUACUGACAGCUCAGGAGGGGAUUGCAAUUUUGCCAGAUUCAUUCAAGAAUGACAGUGCAAGCUCUGAUGUGAUAGGUUCAGCUAUACUCAGCAUCUACCAGUCUUACUGGGCUAAUAUACACAAUGACAUCGAGGCUUGUGCAACCGAAGCACAGCCCAUAGACAAGGCAAUAUCAGAACUUUUGAAAAAGCACCGCACAGGUGCAGCAUCAAUGACAGCCUUAAAUUAUCAGCUCCAGGUUCUGCCUGAGCUAGCAGUUCAGGUGCAGGCAAUCAAAGCCACUUUCGAUGAGCUGCGUGACCUCUAUCAGCGAGUGGAGGCGUCCUUGUAUGACCUUGAGAACGAUCACGCAGAGCUGGAGCAACGUAAGCGCAAGCACGAGCGCAUCGACGAGCUCGCCGCGUACAGUCUCGCGAAACGCGCCGAGCUCGCAAAGCUGAAGGGACAAAUCGCCGUCGGCCACGCGAAGAAGGUGACCGAGUACGAGCAGAAGAACACGACGCUGAGGCGAGAGAAGGAGAAGGUGUUCGAGGAUGAGUUCCUGCUGGAGCUCGAACAGUAUAAACUGAGUGGCCACGUUGAGCGGCAGGCGAUGGUCGAGCACGCGCCACGGACGCUCGAUGACGUGUCUAUCGACAGCGAUGGCGCCGAACUCGACAAGUUUCUCGAGGAUGUCGAAAUCGGUGCCGAUAAAAAAGAACGUGUCAGUAGUUUCAGCAGUAGUGAUGACAAUGAUGAUGGUGGUGAUAAGGAGGAGAAGGAGGAGAAGGAGGAGAAGGAGGAGAAGGGGGAGGAGCAGGGAGAGGAGAAGGAGCAGACGGAGGAGGAUCAGGAGGCACAGAAGCAGAAGGAGAAGAAGCAAGAGUUGCAGGAGAAAACUUGUGAAAGUGACCAUUAAGAGGCGCUGUAAGAUAUAAAUUUGUAAAUUAUUAUUGAUUAAGUAAAAGAACAUACAAAUUUUAACUUAAAUAAUAUCGUUAAUAUCUGAAUCGAUAUAAGAAAUCAGUGCUGAUAAAAAAUAACGUGUCAGUAGUAUCAGCAGUAGUGAUGACGAUGAGGAGGAGGAGGAGGAGAACGAGGAAGAAGAGAAGGGGAGGAGCAGGUAGAGAAGGAGGAGCAGAAGGACCAGGAUGAGGAGAACCAGACGCAGGAGAAGAAAUAGGAAGUGGUGAAGAAGAAGCGAGAAGAGUAGAAGAAGACCUGUGAAAGCAGCCAUUAAGAGCAGGUGUGAGAUUUGUAAAUUAUAAUUGAUGAAAUAAAAACACAUUAUAUCCAAUUAAUUUAUAUUAAAUAAAAUCGAUAAACUA